UUCCGCGAACCACCCUCAACUUCCGGAAGAGCGCAGGAAGUUUGCUGGAAAACCGCCGGAAACGGACAGGAAGGAGUCCCUGCGACCGCGAAGCCUCCUGCAGCGCCCCCUGUUGGCAGAGGCUCGGCUAGGCCGAGAUGAGGUUCACGACGUGGCCGCGUGAGCAUCCCGGCUGCCUGUGGAUGGUUGGGCGUGGAGCUGAUAGGAGACGACAGUGGGGAGCUUCCCCAGCGAUCGUGGGCUUCUCGGGUCAGGCUGACUUCAGGCCGGACUGGAGGCCCUGCACAACACCAAGCGCGUGGCGGGGUCCUCAGCUGCCUCGGGGACCGGUUCCACCUCUGCUUCUGGCCCUGGGAUGGGGGCCAAAGGUUUUGGGCAGAGGCAGCAGCAGGAGGCAGUAGCACCUGGAAAACACUGUGUCUCCUGAGUUGACCCUUUCUGUCUGGGGGCUGUGCCCUGGAUGUGUUUGUUUCCAUAGCAACGAAGAGGGCUCCCCUGGGCUCCAGUCCCUUAGAUAGGGUGUGCCCCGGGAGGGCGCUACAGGAGCUGCAGGUCCCUCUGGUGGGAAGGGAGCCUCGGGCAGCUCACCCCCGGCUGGCCUGUGUGGAGACAUCACAUUUCCUGGUGGGGGAUGGGGGUGAAGAGGGUUGGUCCCCCCUGUGCCUUGAGCAGAGCCUACAGUGGGUGAAACAGUGGGGGUCUCCUGCCUGCCUGCAGGAUGGGUGGGGCUUCCACAUCGCAGCCCAGCAGGGUGGACUGACCAGUCCACUGACCUCUGGCUCCUUGGUGGGACUGGCCUGAGGUGGAUGCCGGCAUUCUGGCCUCCUCUAAACCACCUCCCUGGAACAUGUGGGACAGGAGCCCAAGAGGCAUCUGAGGAGGGUGGGUUCUGCCAGGCACAGAGGGCUCGCUCCAGUGUGAUUGUCACUGGUUAAUGACCCGCCAUCCCCACCCCCCUUUGCCCCUCUGGUGCUAUCCAAGGACUCUGACCCCAUUGCAGUGUCUGUAGGGAAGAGGAGCCAUGGGGCUUUGGGCAGGCCCCAUCCUGCUUCUGCUGCUGUGCCUGCUGCCAGGGGCCCAUGGGGAUGUGCUGCCUUCGGAAUGCGGCCACCCCAAGGAGGCCGGGAGGAUUGUGGGAGGCCAAGACGCCAAGGAAGGACGCUGGCCAUGGCAGGUUGGCCUGUGGUUGACCUCAGUGGGGCACAUAUGUGGGGGCUCCGUCAUCCAUCCACGCUGGGUGCUCACAGCUGCCCACUGCUUCCUGAGGUCUGAUGAUCCCAAGCUCUACCGUGUUAAAGUCGGAGGGCUGUCACUCUCCCUUUCGGAGCCCCACUCCACCUUGGUGGCUGUGAAGAGGCUCCUGAUCCACCCUGCGUACCAUGGGACCGCCACCAGUGGGGACAUUGCCCUGAUGGAGCUGGACUCCCCCGUGCAGGCCUCCCUGUUCAGUCCCAUCUGCCUCCCAGAACCCCAGAACCCCCUCGCCUUUGGGACCCUGUGCUGGGUAACGGGCUGGGGGUCCAACCUGGAGAAAGCCGUGUCGAGUGUCCUUCAGGAGGUGGCUGUGCCCCUCCUGGACACGAACAUGUGCGAGCUGUUGUACCACCUAGGAGAGCCCAACCUGGCUGGCCAGCGCCUCAUUCAGGACGACAUGCUCUGUGCUGGCUCUGUCCAGGGCAAGAAAGACUCCUGCCAGGGUGAUUCUGGGGGGCCGCUGGUCUGUGCCGUCAAUGAUACGUGGAUCCAGGUCGGCAUUGUGAGCUGGGGAUUCGGCUGUGCCCGGCCGUUUCGGCCUGGGGUCUACACCCAGGUGCUAAGCUAUACAAGCUGGAUUCAGAGAACCCUGGCUGAAUCUCACUCAGGCAUGUCUGGGGCCCAGCCAGCCUCCGGCUCCCCCAUAGGUGCCUCUGGGUCCAACCCAAUGCUACUGCUGGAGCUGUUCAGCAUACACUUGCUUGGGGCCCUGUGAACCAGGAGCCAUGGAUUCUGGGAUUCCCCCUUCUGGUAGGAUUGAUGAAAUCAAAUAAUAAAAACUG